UUUUUUUUUUUUUUUUUGUCUUAGCAUUAGAUAAUCUAAUUCCAGCCAUUUCCACCCCCUUGAACACGUCAACCAAUACAUUAUAUAUAGGACUCCGGGCAAAUGGCACAGUUCUCACAACCUAGAAGCCUUCAUAACAUGAAGACACAGUCUCCAAUGGUGCAGAUGGCUACAAACGACGCUCUCCCCCCAGGCUGGGAAAUUAAAAUUGACCCUCAAACUGGAUGGCCAUUUUUCGUGGAUCACAACAACAGGACAACAACCUGGAACGAUCCCAGGCAUAAUCUAAAAGAGGAAAGGCAACUAUCAUCCAAUGGACCCUCUUUGUCACCGCAGUCCUCCCAAGACAGCCACCAGUCCUAUGUCAGGGAGAUGCAGUACCCCAGCCUGCGCCAGGGCUACAUCCCCAUCCCCAUCGCCCACGAGGGUCUGGAGCACCGGCCCCUGCAGCAGCACCCCUAUUACUCAUACGCACAGCCCAGCAUGCACAGGGUUAAAACAGAGGUCCGGGCCCCUUCCCCCACGCAGGCACACUCAGGACGGCCCACAUCUCCCGUCAGGCCCCAUUCUGAGGUGUCUCACUCUGACCCUCACUGUGGACAGGCAGGGACAGCUGUUUGCUGCCAGGGACCUCUCUCACAAGGACCUGAGCACCACCAUCACCAUCACCCCCACUCCCAGGACUGCUCCCACGCAACCCCUGCACACCAGCCUGGGAAGCCCUGUAGCGGAGGCUCCCAGCUCCUGCCAGGCUACAUUCCCAUCCCGGUGAUCCAUGAGGGGGCAGGAGGGCGACCUCAGCCCCUUCACUCACACCAGCACCCCCAGGCCCCCCAACGGCCCCAACACUCUGAGUUCCAGCCCGUCUACCACAGAGUACAGCCAGAAGACUGGGCUUACCUGCCCGGCCGCUCACAGAGUCCCAGAGACCGGCCAAGCCGCGAGGCAUCACCCAUCCGCAUCCCCCAGCAGAUGAGGGCCCAGUCCCCAGUCCGGGUGCACACCAUGGGGCCACAGGUUCAACACCAGACCCCUCAUCAAGAGUCACCUCCCAGAAUGCACCAGGAGGAACGGGGCAGCCCGUGCGGGGCGGAUAUUCCCCAGGCUUACAUCCCGGUCCAGCCACUCUACAAGGAGUGCGACCUCAGACAGCCGCUUCCCAUGCCUGAGAAGAUGGAGGCCAAGAUCUUUGCACCAACAAAGAGUGCCCCACAAGAAAUGAGGGCCACCCCGGAAGAGGUUCCUCCUCAGAAGCUGGAAGAACCAGAAGAAUUGUCACCAAACCACCCGGGCCUGGCUAAGGUUCAGCAGAUCGUCGACAGGGUUCAGAAACUGGAAGAAGAAGUCAAGAACUUUGAUGGGAAGAAAAACGACAAGCGCUACAUGAUGCUGGAAGAGUUCUUAACUAAAGAGUUGCUGGCCUUGGACUCCGUGGAUCCCCAGGGGAGAAUCGACGUCCGUCAGGCCCGGAGGGAUGGGGUCAGGAAGGUCCAGAACAUUCUGGAAGGACUCGAAAUGAUUGCCGAACAGCAGAAGCACAGCGAGCAAUCCAAAGAAGAAGCUAACCAAUCAGGAGGAAAAGGAGACGCCACCAUGAUCGGCCAAGUGGACUCAACCACGGAGAAGGAGAUUUAUUAACAGGAACCAGCACCCCACUGUUAAGGAAUCAAACCUAAAUAAACCUGCUGCUCCUGCAUAACUUUGUGAACAAACUUUUAAGAUGCAUGCUAAAGGAGUUUAACAACUAUUGUUUUAUACCAUCUUGUAGAUGACUGGGAAAGGGGGGGGGGGGGGGGGAAG